AACACUCUUUAGUUUAAAUGCUAGUAUUUUCCAAAAAUGGCUGAUGUGUUGAGUAUUUUGAAGCAGUACAAUACGAAUAAGAAGGAGAUAAUCGAAAAGGAUGAUCAAAUAAUUUUCGGCGAGUUUGCAUGGCCGAAAGAUGUCAGGACUAACUAUUUAGUUUGGGGGACAGGAAAAGAUGGUGUCCCCAAGGAGUAUUACACACUGGACUGCAUCUUGUUUCUCCUAAAGAAUGUACAGCUUGCUCACCCUUUGUACGUCAGAGAAGCAGCCGCCACCAACGUUCAGGUAGUACGUCGUGCCGACAGAAAAGACCUGCUUGCCUUCCUUAAUGGGGAGACAACGACAUCUGCAAGCAUUGAUAAGAGCGCUCCCCUGGAAAUAUCUCUACAAAGACCCACACAAGUAAAAAGAACAGCGGAAGAAACAAGCAAUGAACAAGAGAAAAAGAAACCUCGUUUGGAGGAAGAGCAAGUUCAGCAGGCCAAGAGGAAACUGGAUACACAAGAUCGAUGGAUACAUAGGACUCAUCUGUCUUACCUGCGGCACUUGCGUAACCAUGAUUGCUUAACCCUUUUCCACUCAGACGCAAAGUGAAAAAGGCUAUGUGCAAACAGCAUAAA